AUGGAGCAGUUCGACGGGGACGCACCGCGCAAUCACGUGGAGGCAGAGAGCCGCGACGAGAAGAAGAGCCACCGCAAGGACAAGCCAUGGGACAGCGACGACAUUGACCACUGGACGAUCAGUCCGUGGCAGGACGAGGUGCAGGACGAGAAGAACCCGGAGAAGAAGGUCAAGAUGCCUGGACUGCUGGAGGAGAGCUCGUUUGCCACUCUGUUCCCCAAGUACCGUGAAAAGUACCUGCGCGAAGUGUGGCCGAUUGUGACGAAAGCACUGGACGCUCACAAGGUCUCGUGCGAGCUCAAUCUGGUGGAAGGCAGCAUGACCGUGCGAACGACGCGCAAGACAACUGACCCGUACAUUGUGCUCAAGGCGCGAGACUUGAUCAAGCUGCUGGCACGCAGCAUUCCUGUGAAUCAAGCAGUGAAGAUACUGGACGACAAUGUCCAGUGCGACAUCAUCAAGAUUGGUGGCCUCGUUCGCAACAAGGAGCGCUUUGUCAAGCGUCGCCAACGUCUCGUGGGCCCUGAUGGUGCGACGCUCAAGGCUAUUGAACUGCUCACCGACUGCUACGUGCUCGUACAGGGCAACACGGUGUCGGCCAUGGGCAGCUACCAAGGUCUGCGCAAUGUCCGCAAGAUCGUUGAGGACUGCUUUGCAAACGUGCACCCGAUUUAUAACGUCAAGCGGCUCAUGAUCAAGCGGGAGCUGUCGAAAGACCCGAAGUUGAAAGGCGAAAACUGGGAGCGGUUCUUGCCUUCGUUCAAAAAGCAGAAUGUGCAGACAAAGAAGCCGAGAAAGGUGCGUGAGAAGCGCGAAUACACGCCGUUCCCGCCGGCACCUGCCGCCAGCAAGGUGGACAAGGAGAUUGAGAGUGGCGAGUAUUUUAUGAAAGAGCACGAACGCAAGGCGAUCAAGAAGCAGAAAAAGCACGAGGAGAACCUCCAAGUGCUGCAGAAACGCAAGGCCGAUAAAAUGGCCGAGUUUGUCGCGCCGAACGAGAAGGAAGCUGCAAAAGCGCGGAAAAAACAAAAGGCUGAGGCUCAAGAGGCGAACAAACGUGCCACGUCUGUCCAGGCUCUCAAGCAGAAGUUUCUCAGUCAGAAGAGUGCGAAGACACCGUCUGAUCGCAAGAGUGCUGCUACGUCCGUGAACGAUUACGUGGCCCUGCCGUCCAAGACGAAAUGA